AUGAACAAUUCAGAACAAAAAUUGAAGACAGGCUUUAACAUUGUUGCUAACAUGAAAACGUACUUUCAAAAUAAUAUUGGAUAAUUAAUAUAAUCAUUUGAGGAAGACCCUCAACUAGAGAUGUCUUCAAAUUCAGACUAUGUUUUAAUACCAGAUUUAAAAUGUAUGGUGUUUAACUUAGUUGAUCUGUAGAGAAAUGAAUUCGAUUAACAAAGUUUUAAUCCAUCUAUUUAUACACCAUCAUCAACAGAUGCUUCAAGUAUUGAAUUUAUAAAUUUUUAGGUAAUAAAUUCUCUGAAAUUUUACAAAGUUAAGGUUAUGAGUCUAUUUCCUCAAACUCUAUAGAGGAAGAAUUUUGA